AGAAAUACAAAAUUCUGAACCAAUGGACUGCAGACAUAGUACAGGAGAUGACCAGAGACUGUGGACAUAGUACAGGAGAUGACCAGAGACUGCGGACACACAGUACAGGAGAUGACCAGAGACUGCAAACCUUUGGGGGGGGGGAGGGGGGCGGGCGGGUACCCGAAUUUGACAGGUACCCGCUUCCACUUCCGCAGAGUUGUCCUCCCCCCUCCCUCCCUGUAGUCUUGUGGGAUACAUGACAGGUCCCACAAGACUACGGGGCCAUUCGCAAAGCUCAGUGCUUCUCACGCAUGCGUAAUGGGCACCCGGCUGUGAAGCCGCAAGCUGUCACAGCCGGUUGCCCACACUGAAGAAGCCGGCGUGAGGGAGAGAAGACGGCUGGUGAAAGCAGGACACCGCUGGACCGAGGAGCAGGUUCUUCUACACAGUAGAGCCGAGCCGCCGGCCCAGUAUUCUAACACGGCAGC